CUGCGGCGAGUCCAUCCAUCCUCUUCCAUAAACCAGACCGGUCUUCUCCCCCACCUUUCCCAACCCAGAGCGCGCGAACUCGCCACCGCCUCGCCGGAAAUGGCGCCUUCCCUCGCUCACCUCGUGUGCCUCCUCCUCCUCCUCCUUCUCCUCCUCUCCGCUCUACCCCUCUCCGCAGCCGCCUCGACCCCCCGGUCCGCGCCGCCGUCGGCGCCCCCCACCCCGCUCGUCCCCGCGCUCUUCGUCAUCGGCGACUCCACGUCCGACGUCGGCACCAACAACUACCUCGGCACGCUCGCCCGCGCCGACCGCGAGCCCUACGGCCGGGACUUCGACACCCACCGCCCCACCGGACGCUUCUCCAACGGCCGCAUCCCCGUCGACUACCUCGCGGAGAAGCUGGGGCUUCCCUUCGUGCCUCCGUACCUCGAGCAGAGCAUGCGCAUGGGCGUCGGCAGCGUUGGCCUCAUCAACAUCGGCGGAAUGAUCCAAGGAGUCAACUACGCUUCCGCGGCAGCCGGCAUUCUCUCCAGCAGUGGCUCUGAGCUGGGGAUGCACGUGUCGCUGACCCAGCAGGUGCAGCAGGUUGAGGACACAUAUGAGCAGUUGGCGCUGGCUCUUGGGGAGGCAGCUACAGUCGACUUGUUCAAGAGGUCGGUAUUCUUUGUGUCGAUCGGGAGCAACGACUUCAUCCACUACUACCUGCGCAAUGUGUCAGGCGUGCAGAUGCAUUACCUCCCAUGGGAGUUCAAUCAGCUCCUUGUUAAUGCAGUGAGGCAGGAAAUCAAGAAUCUGUACAAUAUCAACGUCCGAAAGGUCGUGCUGAUGGGCCUUCCUCCUGUUGGCUGUGCCCCUCACUUCCUCUCAGACUACGGCAGCCAAAAUGGGGAAUGCAUCGACUACAUCAACAACGUCGUGAUCGAGUUCAACUAUGGGCUGAGAUACAUGUCCAGCGAGUUCAUCCGCCAGUACCCAGACUCGAUGAUCAGCUACUGUGAUACAUUUGAGGGGUCAGUGGACAUACUAGAGAACCGUGACCGCUAUGGCUUUCUGACCACCACUGAUGCUUGCUGUGGGCUUGGCAAGUAUGGCGGGCUAUUCAUCUGUGUUCUUCCACAGAUGGCGUGCAGCGACGCGUCAAGCCAUGUGUGGUGGGAUGAAUUCCACCCGACCGAUGCUGUGAACCGGAUCCUGGCAGAAAACGUGUGGUCUGGUGAGCACACCAGGAUGUGCUAUCCAGUGAACUUGCAGGAGAUGGUGAAGCUGAAGCAGUAGAACCAACCUGGAUCGUCAUUGCAGUUACUUGCUCAACUUCUGUGUUUUCAUUUUCGACAAAGAACUUCUGCGAGUCGGACAGUGAAAUGUGUGUCAAGAGUCAUGGAGUUCAAUAGUCAAAUUUUGAGUGAAAUGUA